UCUGUGACUAAAAGUUUAGACCAACAUGUCUCUCUAGUCUGUGACUAAAACCGGCAAAUUCACUCUUUAUUCGCUGUCCUAAUUUUCUUAUAAACAUAACAAAGCUUUGCUUAGGUGUCUUUAUUUCUUUUAUGUUGUAUACCUAUGAGUAAAUCCAAAGUAUCUGCAGAAUGGAAGAAGAGAGUGAAAUCGGAAUAUAUGAGACUCCGCCAAGUGAAGAGGUUCAAACGUGCAGACGAGGUGAAAGUGGCAUGGGCCCGAAAUUUAAGGAUAAUGUCGGAAGCAAUUGAAAGUAGGGAAUCGGAGUGUCCUGACCGUGGAAGGAGGCCUUUCUGGCCACUACCAGCUCCUGCUCCCAGUCACGAGAGCCUGAUGAAACGCGCAGAGGUCACAUACACAGAUGCGUCAGGUGUAGUGACAACUCAGCAAGUGCCAAUACGUAUAAUCAACUCAGUGAAUCCCAUCCCGACAAUGUACACAUGGGCACCGACACAGAAAAACUUCAUGGUGGAGGAUGAGACGGUGCUCCACAACAUUCCGUACAUGGGCGACGAGGUCCUGGAUCAGGACGGUACAUUCAUCGAGGAGCUCAUAAAGAACUACGACGGGAAAGUGCAUGGCGACAAGGAGGGCGGGUUCAUAGACGAUCAGCUGUUCGUGGACCUGGUGCACGCGCUCAUGGCCUACCAGACGAAGGACGAGGUCGCCGAGGAGCGUCGGGACCGUGACGCUGUCCACUCCAGCGACGACAGAGAUAAAGAGACGAGCAAAGAGCAAAAAGACAAGGAGAAGGAUAAACAAGACAACAAAGAUGCAGACAAGAAGAUGAUCGAUGAAAAACAGUUUCCCAUAUUCACUAUAUUUCAAGCUAUCAGUUUGCAGUUCCCUGACAAAGGCACACCGCAGGAACUGCGAGAAAAGUACACGGCGCUGACGUCGGCGGCGGACCCGCUGGCGCGGCAGCCCGAGUGCACGCCCAACGUGGACGGGCCGCUCGCCGAGUCCGUGUCGCGCGACCGCACCAUGCACUCCUUCCACACGCUCUUCUGCCGCCGCUGCUUCAAGUACGACUGCUUCCUGCACCGUCUGCAAGCGUGCCACCCCGGACCGAACUUGUCCAAGCGGAAGGGACCCGACCUCAAGCCGUUCUCGGAGCCGUGCGGAUCCAAUUGCUAUAUGCUGUUGGAAGGCAUGCGCGAGCAGCUGGCGCGUGAGCAGGCGGCCGGCGAGGUGGACAAGGGCCGGUCCGCCGCCAUCGACUCACCCAACGACGCCUCCUCCGAGGACAGCAACGACAGCAACCGCUACCAGAAAGGCAGCAAUAGCAACUCGAGUAACAGCAACUGGAGCUCGAACGGCGGCCUGAAGCCGGCGGCCGACGGGCUCGCGGACAACGCGUACAACGCACUAGGUCUGACGCUGGGCGACACGGACUCUGAGUGGACUGGCUCGGACCAAUCACUGUUUAGGGCUCUACACAAGGUGUUCCCCUCCAACUACUGUGCCAUUGCUCAGAUCAUGCUCUCGAAGACUUGUCAGCAGGUGUACACGUACUGGAUCAACACGGGGCAGGAGGAGUGCCGCGUGGAGGCCGAGCUGACGCCGCCGCGCAAGAAGAAGAAGAAGCACCGGCUUUGGUCCGUGCACUGCCGCAAGAUACAGCUCAAGAAGGACUCCGCCUCGCACCACGUGUAUAACUACACUCCGUGCGACCACCCGAACCAGCCCUGCGACAGUCUGUGCCCCUGUCUUCAGUCGCAGAACUUCUGCGAGAAAUUCUGCCAGUGCAGCAGCGACUGCCAGAACCGGUUCCCGGGCUGCCGCUGCAAGGCGCAGUGCAACACGAAGCAGUGCCCGUGCUACCUGGGCGUGCGCGAGUGCGACCCCGACCUGUGCUCGGCGUGCGGCGCCGACGCGCGCCCGCAGCCGCCGCCGCCGCCGCCGGCAACACCGCCGCCGGCAACAACAGCAACAACACCGGCGGCGCGCCCCGUCUGCUGCAAGAACGUCUCCGUGCAGAGGGGCCUGCACAAGCACUUGUUACUGGCGCCGAGCGACGUGGCCGGCUGGGGCAUCUUCUUGAAAGAGGCCGCUCACAAGAACGAGUUUAUCUCGGAGUACUGCGGCGAGAUCAUCUCGCAGGACGAGGCCGACCGCCGCGGCAAGGUGUACGACAAGUACAUGUGUUCGUUCCUCUUCAACCUCAACAACGACUUCGUGGUGGACGCGACGCGCAAGGGCAACAAGAUUCGUUUCGCCAAUCACUCGAUCAACCCGAACUGCUAUGCGAAGGUGAUGAUGGUGAACGGAGACCACCGCAUCGGCAUCUUCGCCAAGCGCGCCAUACAGCCCGGCGAGGAGUUGUUCUUCGAUUACAGAUACGGGCCAACGGAGCAACUCAAAUUCGUGGGCAUCGAGAGGGAGAUGGAGUUCUUAUGAGAGCAACCCAGACAGUGAGCCUCGCACGCCGAGCGGGGACCACCGCACGCCACGUGAUGUGGCCGCAUGCAGCGCGCUUGUGGCGUUUUGUGAUUUUAUAUCAGCAUUUGUUGAUGUUCCAAUUAUAAGUAUACUGUAGUACACUGUACGAUUA